AGAACCUGGGCUGCCACGCCGUCCGCCCACCAACCAAUCUAAUCGCGCCUUCACCUGGGGUAUAAAAUCGCCACGCAUUGACCCCUGUUCUUCGCGACACAGCAAGAACCGAUCCCUGCAGCAGCGGAGUACAAUAAGCCACACUGCCUAGUUGCUGGGAGCAGUUGCGUGCGAUGGCUUCCGCUGCGCGCUUCUUGGCCGUGGUCAUGGCGUGCGCGCUCCUGGCCAGCAACUCGUGCCACGCGGCGCGCCACCUGGCCGACACGACUGCGGCAGCCGCUGCUCCCGCUGCCACCGUCCCUGGCUUCCCGACCGUGCCCACCUUGCUGCCGACGGUGCCACAGAUGCCCGCGGCCACCGUGCCGCCGGUGACGCUGCCACCCAUGCCGGCGGUGGUUCCAGCAGUCGCAGUGCCCCAGGUGGCGCUGCCGCCCAUGCCCGCCGUUCCGUCCGUGCCCAAGGUGGCGCUCCCGCCGAUCCCCGCCGUUCCGUCCGUCCCAAAAGUGGUGCUGCCGCCGAUGCCCUCGAUUCCAAACGCCAACAUCCCCAUGCCAUUCCUGGCGCCGCCCCCGUCGGCGUAGGAGCGCUCGCCGCGGCGUGCGAUGCCUUGGCCGAGUCCAUCGUCCGGCGGCCGGUUUGGUUACGUGGUGGGUUCGCGUGAUCACUCGCCGCUCUCUUGUUUGCGUGUCUGCAGUGAGUGAUUAUUUUUGUUUGUGUUGAAGUGCUGUGCCAUUGUUCGUAUGUACAUGUACUCUAGCUCUGUAUUUCUACUUUCGUCUAUGUCUAUUUUCUGGUUAUCUCAGUUUCUUCCUGCUUUUGAGGCCGAAA